CAAGCAUCAGCUUUAGAACCUGUCGCCACAGCCCGAGUCUGUCGGGAUUGUCAUUGCCCAUGCGGCGCAAAGCAUUGCGUAAACAGUGCCAUGGGAAGCGUGAUCUCAUCAAAGCUUCCACCGGUUGGAGACAAAGACCUGAGGACUGUCUUAUCCUACAACCUCAACGAAAGCCACAUCCGAGCUGCGUACAAGCUCUUCACAGAGGUUGACGUGGACUCCAACGGAGUUUGGACUGUCAGUGAGAUGUACCGAGUUCUGAAGGAGCCUAGACUAUCUGUUCGAGCUCCAGUCAUUGAUACCAUUUUCUUCAUGGGCGACAGCAAUAGUGAAGGCAGCAUGACCUUCCAGGACUUCUUGGUGACAAUGAGUUCAUUUUGCGCACUCUCCAAAGAAGAGAUGCUGCAAUUUCUCUUCAUGAUCAUUGACAUCGACCGAAAUGGUACUAUUGAGAAAGAAGAGCUGUUGAACUUCUUCUCAUACAUACCUGCUGGUGCUGAUGACGGUCGAGGUGAGCCAGUCUUCCCGGUGAACAACAAAAAUGCACUUGACAAAUUCCGUGGUGGUAAAUGGCGGAGUCUCCAAUUUGAUGGCCUUGCACAGCUUUGUGAGCUGUUUCCGUAUAUUGCGUAUCCUGCAUACCACACGCAGGACAUGUACAGAAAGAUUCUGCUUGGCAAGGCCUUUUGGGAGCGUUUGGAUUAUGAAAGAAUCAAGUACCAGACGGUGGUGAGGACCAAGCGUGUCCGAAUGCCUUUUACCAAGAAGAAGAUUGAGGUGAAGCUUCCGGGCCGUUGCACGAUGCAAGAGCUUCUUGAAUACUCUCGGCGCAACACGGCCGUGCAGGGAGGUAAGCGUGUGACGUCCCAAGAUGCUGGUGAGGCCGAAUCGACGUUGGCCAAGGAGCGUGACCAGCAAAUCCAACGCAGUCCAAUCUUGAACAUGAUCCGGAAUCCCAGAUGCAUGUACUACAUUCCACAAGAGAGCGGCAAGAACAUUCAGAAGCAGAAGGGGCACCGUUCUGAAUUGGAUGUGGGUGAACAGGACAUGGAAAGCGAUGGAGAAGGGGAGAUGGAUGUUGCGCUCGACGAUGCUGCAGAAGGCGUUAUGACUGGUGCGCCGAACAACGCCGAGCAUAUGUUGCAGAUCGUCACUGCGAUGCAGAUGAAGCAGAAUGAGAGGGUGCAGCUCGAUGAUGAGUCCUCUGAUGAAGAUCCAGGUUCGAUCACCAGCGAUCCGGCUAUGUCACACACGGAUAGCGACGGCUGAGCGACAAGGCUUUGGCCAAGCCCAAGGAGCAGUUGUCCAGUUCCCAUUCAC